UUCCCUAGAUUAUCUAAUGUUUAUUAUCAUCAUCCUCUUACUGCUUUUCUUCUCUAGAUUCUCAUGUUCAACUAAUUUCAUCACCUCAUCCACCAAUCUUAGUGAUGGGGGAACCUUAGUUUCUAGUGAUGGAAGCUUUGAACUGGGCUUCUUCGGUACUGAAAGUACAGCCAAGAGACGUUACUUGGGAAUUUGGUUAAAGAAUAUCCCAGUUCAAAAUGUUGUCUGGGUUGCAAACAGGUGCGAGCCGAUUAAUGACACGUCUGGUGUUUUGAUGAUAAACAGCACAGGUAAUCUGGUACUCCUCAAUCAAAGCGGGAGUGUUGUUUGGGCAUCAAACUCAAAGAAAGAAGCUCAAAACCCAGUACUGCAGCUCCUGGAUUCUGGAAAUCUUGUUCUACAGGACAGAAAUGCUGGUAUUUUGUGGCAAAGCUUUGACUAUCCAACUGAUACUCUGCUGGCGGGUAUGAAACUUGGAUGGGACUUUAGGAGUGGUCUUAAUCGCCGACUAUCAACAUGGAAAAAUCCAGAUGAUCCAUGCCCUGGAGACUUAACUUACGAGAUAGAGCCAUAUAAUUAUCCCGGUGCAGUUUUUUGGAAAGGUUCGAGAAAAUACUCGCGGACAGGCCCGUGGAAUGGCAUUUCAUUUAGUGGUACACCACAGGCACAGGCGAAGCCAAAUCCGUGGUAUACGUUCGGCUUAGUCUCAAAUGAAGAGGAGGUUUACUACAUAUUUUACCUCAGAAACAAAUCAACAAUCACAACGAUUAUUUUGAACCAAGCUUUCAAUAGGAAGGAACGCUAUUUGUGGAAUGAAGGCACUCAGACUUGGACAGUGUACAGUUAUUUUCCUUGGGAUAACUGUGACAACUAUGGGACUUGUGGGGCAUAUGCGACCUGUGUCAAUACUAUGUCUCCGCCUUGUAAAUGUUUAAAAGGUUUCAAGCCGAAAUCACAAGAAGGAAGCACGGUAGACUGGUUUCAGGGAUGUGUGCGUAAUAAACCUUUAGACUGCCAGAAAGGUGAUGGAUUUAUUAAAUUGGGUGGGCUGAAACUGCCAGAUACUACACAUUCUUGGGUGAAUAAAAGUAUGAACCUCAAAGAGUGUAGGGCUAAAUGCUUAGAGAAUUGUUCUUGUAUGGCCUAUACAACCAUGGACAUCAAAGAAGCCAGUGGUUGUGCAAUUUGGUUUGGUGAUCUGAUUGAUCUUAAAGAACUCCAAUCUGCUGGACAGGAUUUAUACAUUCGAAUGGCUUUUUCUGAUUCAGGAAGAGAAAAUGGAAGCGGUGAUGAAAGGCAAAUUGAAGAUAUGGAACUCCCAUCAUUUGAGUUAGAUUUAAUAUCAAAUGUCACCAAUAACUUCUCUCCAAACAACAAGCUAGGAAAAGGUGGCUUCGGGGCUGUAUACAAGGGUAUUCUACCAGAUGGAAAAGAAAUUGCUGUGAAGAGGCUCUCAAGAAGCUCUAGACAAGGAAUAGCGGAGUUUAAGAAUGAAGUAGCACUUAUAGCCAAACUUCAACAUCGAAAUCUUGUAAAGCUUCUAGGAUGCUGCAUUCAGGGGGAGGAGAAACUGCUGAUUUACGAAUACAUGCCCAAUAAAAGUUUGGACUUCUUCAUUUUUGACCAUACAAGAAGGAAUCUAUUAGACUGGCCAAGGCGUUUUCACAUUAUUUGUGGGAUUGCUAGAGGGGUUGUCUAUCUACAUCAAGAUUCUCGAUUGCGGAUCAUCCAUAGAGAUCUCAAAGCAAGCAAUGUUUUGCUUGAUAGUGAAAUGAAUCCCAAAAUUUCUGACUUUGGCAUCGCUAGAACAUUUGGAGGAGAACAAUCUGAGGGGAACACGAAGAGAGUAGUUGGAACCUAUGGUUAUAUGGCACCAGAAUAUGCCAUUAAUGGGCAAUUCUCAAUAAAAUCUGAUGUCUUCAGCUUCGGUGUAUUGUUGUUGGAGAUAAUAAAUGACGGUUUAGCAAGCUUUGGGUAUGUUCCUUUGAUGCCUACUGUGUGUUGGAGUUGGAAUUCUCAUUGUACUCGGAAGUCAAGCAAAUCGACUAGUGGUUGCUGCUGGUUAUAGUCAUUGGAUAAUGAUAUAUGACAUUCUAAUUUGAGCUUUAUUCCGAGUUGCUUACAUGCAUCUUGUUAUCUGGAGUAUAUCUAUGAAAUUCAUGAACUCAGACCGAACAUCCAUCCUCUAUGAUAUCUCUAUGUUCCUUUGACACCCGUUUACAUCUUAAAUAUAUAUAAAAAAUAAAAAAAAUUAACAUUA